AUGAGUGAACUUAGCAGCAUAGAAAAGAGCAAAAAAGUAUUUUCGGAAACUACUUUUUCUGUUUUGAAUAGUGAAGGCAAAGAAGAAUUCCAUAGAACCAUGCCCAUUCAGGAAUUCGUGCAUUCGACCAGUUGGGGUUACAAUGAAUUCAUUAAAAAAGAUGCAAAAUUUAGAAACCAGAUGCUGUCGAACAAAGCAUUGACGAUUCGCUGUGAAGUGAAAUUCUCCGAUAUGAACGAUAUUGCUGAAGAAUACCAUCAAUGUGACUGUAACAUGGAAGUGCCUGAAUGUAACCUCUCCGAAAACUUGGCAUCAUUAUUUGAAAAUCAGGAGUUCACUGACGUUGUGCUUUCCGUAAAUGGCAAAGAUUUCCCUGCCCAUAAGCUUGUUUUAGCUGCUCGUAGUCCAGUUUUCCGCGCCAUGUUCAAACAUGAUACGAUUGAAAACGAGCUAAACCGUGUGGAUAUUGAAGAUAUUGACGAACAAGUUGCAGGUGAAAUGUUGAAAUACAUUUAUACUGGAAAAUGCCUAAAUUUGAAGAAGUCUGCAGGAGGAUUACUGGCAGCAGCCGAUAAAUACGAUUUGUAUCAGUUGAAAACGAUGUGCGCUAAGACACUGUUCGAAGGAUUGUCGGUUGAAAAUGCAACGAGUGUUUUGUCAUUGGCAGAUAUGCACGGAGUCGAGGAACUCAAGAAUAAAGUGAUCAAAUUUAUCGUUUCGAAUCCUACAGAAGUGAUGGGUACAGAAGGUUGGAAGAAUAUUCGAUCGAAUUUCGAAUUAGCCGAUGAAGUAUGCUUAGCUAUAGCCAAACAGUCGAAGCGAACGACUAACUGA